AGGCUCAGGAAAAGUGAGCGUCUGUGCACUAGUGUUGAGAGAAUGGGGAUCCCAGGACCUCUGUGGCCAAAGCAGUGGGAAGCGAGGCGGUAGUUUGGAUUUGUUUUCCUUUCAGCGCACGUAGGUCUGGAGCUGAGCCUCAGGCUCCAAGGCGGAGGUCGCUGCUUCUAGGAGGAGCCGGGAGCGUCCGGGGGCGGGACGUGACGCACCUUGCAUGGGAGGUGCCAGCCGGGGCUUCAGCCAGCUGCAUAUAAGAGCGGUGUGGGGCGCAGAACGCCAGAGUCUGUACCCAAGAGCCCAGAUCAGCUCUCGCGUCCCGAGGCCAAGCUCUUCCGCCACUCCGGAGUCCUCUGCAGCCCUCUACCUUCUCUCGGCCACGCAUCCGCCCCCAGGGCCCCUCUGCCCAAUGAAACUGGCCGCGAUGAUCAAGAAGAUGUGCCCGAGCGACUCUGAACUGAGUAUCCCGGCCAAGAACUGCUACAGGAUGGUCAUCCUCGGCUCAUCCAAAGUGGGCAAGACGGCCAUCGUGUCGCGCUUCCUCACGGGCCGCUUCGAGGACGCUUACACCCCUACCAUCGAGGACUUCCACCGAAAGUUUUACUCGAUCCGCGGUGAAGUCUACCAGUUAGACAUACUGGACACAUCCGGCAAUCAUCCGUUUCCCGCCAUGCGGCGCCUCUCUAUCCUCACAGGAGACGUUUUCAUUCUGGUGUUCAGCUUAGACAACCGCGACUCAUUUGAAGAGGUGCAAAGGCUCAAACAGCAGAUCCUAGACACCAAGUCCUGUCUCAAGAACAAAACCAAAGAGAAUGUGGACGUCCCGCUGGUCAUUUGCGGUAACAAAGGUGACAGGGACUUCUACCGCGAAGUAGAGCAGCGGGAGAUUGAACAGCUGGUGGGUGACGACCCUCAGCGUUGUGCCUACUUCGAGAUUUCGGCCAAGAAGAACAGUAGCCUAGACCAGAUGUUCCGUGCGCUCUUUGCCAUGGCCAAGCUGCCUAGCGAGAUGAGCCCCGACUUGCACCGCAAGGUGUCUGUGCAGUAUUGCGACGUACUGCACAAAAAGGCGCUGAGGAACAAGAAGCUACUGCGUGCGGGCAGCGGAGGCGGGGGCGACCAUGGGGAUGCCUUUGGCAUCUUGGCGCCCUUUGCUCGCAGACCCAGCGUGCACAGCGACCUCAUGUACAUUCGUGAAAAAACCAGUGUUGGCAGCCAGGCUAAGGACAAAGAGCGCUGUGUCAUCAGUUAGGAGCCCCCAGGGUCAGCUACACAACCUGAGGACCCUUUUUGUUCAAAAGUCAAAUCGGAUUCCCAGGCUAGCCUGCGCAUUCUGUGCCACAGGAGCUCCAGUUGGCCUCCUCCUUCUCUCCCUCCCUCCCUCCCUGAGACCCAGCCCUGUGCACAGGGAGACGCUGCCAAGCCAGUAAGGGACAGUCAUCUGCUGUGAAAGGAAAGAGAACUAGCUAAGACUGGGACUUUUGCCUCUGAUUCUGGGAUGCCAGGACUCAGCAGAGGGGUACUUGUCAUUUUUCUCUGAUUUGAGAGAAUGUGAGAAGUUCAUCAGCCUGUGAGACUUCAAGUAACUGUCCUGCUUGUGUCAGGGCCAGGACUAACAGGGCAUUAUCUUGUCUGUGAUUGGUGUUGCCAUGACCGCUGUCAGCCACCUCUGUCCUCAGAAAACUGGAAACUUUGGUUCGAGGUGGGGGUUCAAUCAUAGCCAAGGGACUUGUUUACAUGUGUGUGUGCAAUUACCCAAAAGAAAAACAAAACACGUAACUUGCACUUUAAUAGUUCCAGUGUCAAUGUGACAUGAACAAAAUCUCUACAUUUCUAUUGUGUGAGGUCUUUAUUAUUUUUUUUUAAUUUAAAAUAAAAUAAUUUUAAAAUGGAAAA